UAUGGAUACAUCCGCCUGGUAGGCGCCAGCCCCAUUGCAGGCCAUUGUCCGUCUUUGUUGGAAAGUGUGUUAGCGCUUCGAAACCUGCCCGGCUGGGUGUCUUCUGGAGCGGAGAUGGCGUCGGCGAUAUUUAUACUAUGUAUUUAUAGCAGUCUUGCUCUCAGGAAACAGGUGGCGAUUCAUAUGAUGGGAGUACUUAUCCAGCACACCUUACAUUGUCAUGCCAGCAAGAACCUGCGCAACAAGUGCAGUCAACACCAAGGAAUGGAAAUAUUAGACAUACACAAUCAAGUAAAUAUCAAAAGGCGCCACCAUUCUCAAGUUGGAGUCGACCGAAGAGUACACUUAAGAGAAAUAAAUCAUGAGAUCGAGGACCAGGAAUCUAAUAGUAUCAUUCCUCACACAUGGCUUGGUCAUGGACAUUUGCUCAGACUAAUGGAUCCAACUCAUUGUGGGAAUUACGUAUUAUUCCAAAGGGUUUGGAAGAAUGAAUAUCCUUUAAUUAUUUCACAUAUUCAUGAAAAACUGAAUAAAAAAUUAUGGAAUCCAAAUUCAUUCUCUCAAGAUUUUGGUGAUGAGAAAAUACCAAUAAUUAACUGCAGGACUGGAGAAAUUAUUUUAGAACAGCCUACAAAGUAUUUUUGGAAUGGAUUUGAAAAUUUAUGUAAACGGCCCAAAGAUGAAGAAGGUUUAUCAAUGCUUCUUAAGAUAAAACAGUGGCCUCUAUGCACAAACUUCCAAUCACACUUGCCAUUUCAUAUGAAUGAUCUUCUGGAAGCUAUGCCAUUAUCUGCCUACACACAUCCAAAUGGUUUGCUGAAUUUUGUUAAUUAUUUACCUAUUGGAUUUUUAAAUGUAGAUCUGCGCACAGAAUUGCAAUGUGCUUAUGGCAUAAGUGAUCAUCUAUCUGUGGGAACCAAAAAACUAGACAUCAAAAUUGUUGACAUUGUUAACAUUUUAGUUUAUGUUGGACAAUCAAGAAAUGGAGAAAAUGAUUAUGAGCACAAUGAAGUUUUACAGGCAAUCCGAGAUGCAGGAUGUGACCAAAAGUCUUUGGAAAGGGUUAAAAAGGAUGGAGAUAAUCCUGGUGCAAUAUGGCAUGUAUAUAAUGUACGAGAUAAAAAUAAAAUUAAUGAUUUUCUGAGAAAAGUGUCCUUUGAAAGAGGUAUUCUUUCUCAACCACAUGAAGAUUUUGUUCACGGUGAAAAAUGGUAUUUAGAUAGGAACCUUAGACAAUGUCUUCAGAGGGAGUAUAACAUUAAAGUUCAUACAAUAUUACAGUGUCAUGGGGAUGCUGUAAUUAUUCCUGCUGGUGCCCCUCAUCAGGUUUGUAACAUAAAAAGUUGCAUUAUGGUCAAUCAUGACUUCAUAUCAUUACAGAAUAUCAAAAAAUUUUAAGAUAAUACCGUUCAGAGUUUUCUUCGUAUGACUUGAAAAUAACAUAUAUCAUAAGUUCCAAAAAAUAUAUUGAUGUGAGUAAUAAAUAAAGUUAAGUUUGAUCAGUACCCAUGUGGGAAAAUAUUAUGGUAACUGGAUAUCAUUUAAUGUGAUUUAUUCAAUACCUAUUGCUGAUAACAUGUUAUGUGAUGUUGAACACUGCAAAAUUUAAAAUUUGUUAUGUCAGAAAUAUAAUGUUUUCUAUGUUCAAAUUCACUGUUUGCCCACAUUUGUAAUUACAAAUAGAGAA